AUGGCACAGCAGCUCUUCGGCCUCGUGCCCGCCGGCCUCCCGGUGUUCACCACACCCACCGAGACGCCCUCGCCCACCUCCUUCAUCUACACCAUCCCCACCGCCAAGCCCUUCUCGCACAUCGUCAUCUUCCUACUACCAGGCGUCGUCCUGCCCGACAACACCGCGGCCGCCAUCUACCUCGUCACGCCGCCGCCGCCCGGCCAGCCCACCCCAGCCUUCAAGUUCCUCGGCGGCGUGGGCCCCGGCAAGGAGUCGGCCAUCUUCAAGCUCAACGCGGCCGCCGAGUCCAGCGGCCAGGUCGUGCUGGGCAUCAGCGUCGAGGAGGCCGGGUCGGUGGCCCAGCGGAUCGAGGAGCUCGCGCAGGCCAAGAGCGCCGGGGCCGGCGCGGACGGCGUCGCGCUGGUGCCGGCUUCGGCUUCGGCGCAGCAGAGGCAGGCCCCGAGCACGCUGGUGCUGGCGCAGCGCAUCAUCAAGAAUGCGUUCAACUUCCUCUCUGGGUUCAGUGGCCAGGCCGGUCAGGUGGAGGUCGUGCCGCUCAAGGCGUUUGAGGAGUGGUGGAGGAAGUUCGAGAGUAAGGUCCGAACAGAUCCAGGCUUCUUGGAGCGGGAUGAUUCGUGA